AUGGCUUACUCAAUGGAAGUUCUAGAAGCACCGGAAAAAGUACGCAAUGGAACCGCCCUGGAAAAACCAGCUUCUGAAGCUAAAGAAUCAGGACGCCAUGCAGCUAGCAGAGUAUCAAGUACUGGAACAGAUGACAGAACGCUGCUGGUGGAUGCAGUUGCACGUCACUUUACCUACAAUGAGAUCUGGAGCAUUACCGGAAACUUCAGUCAGGUCACCGGUGAAGGAGGAUCUUCCACCGUCUAUUUCGGCCAGCUACCAGAAGAUAGGGCCAAUGAGUUGACAUGGAGAAGACGACUGCGGAUAGCACUGGACGCUGCAAUAGGGUUAGAGUAUCUGCAUACAGGAUGCAAACCAGCAGUCAUUCACAGAGAUAUCAAGCCCGCAAAUAUCCUUUUGGAUGAAAAUCUACAAGCAAAAUUAGCAGAUUUGGGGUUGUCCAAGGCUGGAGCAAUAGAUGGAACAGAGUGUUCUGCUUAUCAAACCAAAGUUGCUGGCACAAUGGGAUACAUUGAUCCUGAGUAUCUCUAUACACAGACUCUCACUGAAAAGAAUGGUGUCUACAGUUUCGGCAUAGUUCUUUUUGAGCUCAUAACAGGAAAGCCGCCCAUAAUGAUCACUGAAACGAAUGAAAAAUGCCAUCUCACUAAAUGGGUCAUUCCCAUGAUCAUUAGAGGAGAGAUAGAGAGUCUACUUGAUCCAUUAUUGAAGGGCCAGUGUAAUAUCCAAUCUGUUUGGGAAGUAGCUGCGAUUGCAAAGGCUGCCAUACAAAAUCCAGCAGGCAGACCAGAUAUGACCCAAAUUGUAUCCACGCUGAGGACAGCCUUAAGGAUGGAAACUUCUUCGGUGGACACGUCUCCCGUGUGCGCAAUUAUCACCAGGCAAUCUUCUUUUUGA